CAAAGUAAGAAAGCCCGUAUCACGGAGCCACGGCCCAAAUCGCACUACGCCCCACCAGCCCAACACUCCGCGGAAAACGACACAGCGCUUCAUUUCAAAUCCAGUAAACAAAGCCGUAAUAAGGAAACACGAGAGACGCACGCCUUUCCCCCACCACUUCAUCAAUUCAACGCUUUUCUGACCAUUUUCUGCCUCGCCGGCAACCGGCGCUUCUUUUGUCUCUUUCUCUUCCCAGCAUCUGCUGACCUCAACGAUUCCCAACUCUCCUCUCAUAAUGUCAAUUUCCUUCGUACACCAGACCUUCUCCUUCCUUCCCUCACUCCCUUUCCUUCUCUUCAGUCCUUUGCUAUGGCCACUUCUCCUUCAUCGCCGCCUCCGCUGCGGCUGCUGCUUCCGGCCAUCUCCGUCCUGCUCCUGUCUUGUAUCUUCUCCUCGAGUGAAUCGGCGACGGUCGGCGUCGGUUCGAUUUCGCGCCUCCUCGAAACUCAGGAUCGCGAGCGAGCUCCUCCUUCGGUACAGGUAGCUGCCGCUCGAGGUGUUCUGCGUCGGCUGCUUCCUUCUCACUCUUCCAGCUUCGACUUUCGAAUUGUCUCCAAGGAGCAAUGUGGAGGCGAGUCCUGCUUCAUUAUCUCGAACCAUCCGAAUUCCGCUGGACCUGGCACUCCAGAGAUACUGAUUUCUGGGGCCACCGGAGUGGAAAUGGUGGCUGGUUUGCAUUGGUAUUUGAAGAACUGGUGUGGCGCGCACUUAUCUUGGGCUAAGACUGGCGGUGACCAACUGAAUUCAGUGCCUCAGCCGGGCUAUCUUCCGCGUGUUCAAGAUGAUGGCGUCUUGGUUCAGAGACCAGUUCCAUGGAAUUAUUACCAGAAUGCUGUUAGCUCUAGCUAUACUUUUGCGUGGUGGGACUGGAAAAGAUGGGAGAAAGAAAUUGAUUGGAUGGCUCUCCAUGGCAUCAACCUACCAUUAGCAUUUACUGGCCAAGAAGCUAUUUGGCAAAAAGUUUUCCAGCAGAAGUUCAAUAUCACCAAAGCUGGUUUGGAUGAUUUUUUUGGUGGCCCGGCAUUUCUUGCAUGGUCACGGAUGGCAAAUCUCCAUGGAUGGGGUGGACCACUACCACAAAGUUGGCUGGACCAACAAUUAGUGAUGCAGAAGAAAAUACUUGAAAGAAUGUAUGAACUUGGAAUGACUCCUGUCCUCCCAGCCUUUUCUGGAAAUGUUCCUGCUGCUUUCAUAGAUCUAUUUCCAUCAGCAAAGAUAAUGCGCUUGGGGAAUUGGUUUUCUGUUGAGAGCAACCCAAAAUGGUGCUGUACAUAUCUUCUUGAUGCAACGGAUCCCUUGUUUGUUGAGAUUGGAAGGGCAUUCAUCGAGGAGCAAAUAGAAGGUGUUUAUCUAAUCCUGUAUGGAAGAACAAGCCACAUAUACAACUGUGACAACUUUGAUGAGAAUACUCCGCCCGUUGAUGACCCUGAGUACAUCUCUUCACUAGGUGCUGCAACCUUUAAGGGAAUGCAAAGUGGGGACAGUGAUGCCGUCUGGCUGAUGCAGGGUUGGCUGUUCGCUUAUGAUCCAUUCUGGAAGCCCCCACAAAUGAAGGCACUUCUACAUUCAGUACCCCUUGGGCGGCUCGUAGUUCUUGAUUUGUAUGCUGAAGUGAAACCUAUAUGGAGUAUUUCAGAGCAAUUCUAUGGUGUUCCUUACAUUUGGUGUAUGCUACAUAACUUUGCUGGAAAUGUAGAGAUGUACGGCCUGUUGGACUCUGUAGCUUCUGGACCAAUUGAAGCUCAUCAAAGUGAAAAUUCAACGAUGGCAAGUGCACACUCUCAAUUAUUGCUCCCUCUAAAUGAAAACGCUUAGCAUGGUUGAUAGGGGUCAUAAUUUUCAUCUAUCAUCAGAUCAAUUGCUUUGCUCCAAAAUUUCAAAACAGUUAAGUACUAUUACUGAAAGCACUCGUGCAGUCUAAAUUUUAUUGUAAGUGAUAUGUGAACAUUAUUAAUCAUUGGAAGGACUUGGAGUGUCAAGUGCAACAUCCUCUGGCAGUAAGUUCGCAACUGCUCUACAGAAAAAAUGUUGUAUCUGCCAGGAUGAGAUUGAAAGCUCCAAGUUGGUGUUGGAAUGUCGAUGGAAGGUAUAGAACAAAAUCCUAUUGUUUACGAUCUCAUGUCUGAAAUGGCAUUUCAGCAUAAAAAGGUUGAUGUGAAGGCUUGGAUUGAUCUAUAUUCUACCAGACGGUAUGGCAAGUCAGUCCCUCUAGUACAAGAUGCCUGGAAUAUAUUAUAUCACACUGUUUACAACUGCACUGAUGGUGCUUAUGACAAAAAUAGGGAUGUAAUCGUGGCAUUUCCUGAUGUGGAUCCAUCCUUCAUCUCGACAUCACUGGAGAGUUACCAGAACAAUGACAAGCCGACACUAAGAAGAUCUAUCUUACAGCAGGAUUCUGGUUCAUAUGAGCGACCCCACAUUUGGUAUUCACCUUCAGAAGUUAUAAGUGCCCUGGAACUUUUCAUCAGAUGUGGUGAUGAAUUAUCCGGAAGUAAUACCUACAGGUACGACCUAGUUGACUUGACAAGGCAAGCUUUGGCAAAGUACGCGAAUGAGCUGUUUCUAAAGAUCACGAAAUCCUACGAAUUAAAGGAUUUCAAUGGAGUUGCAUUGCACUCCCGUAAGUUUGUGGGACUUGUGGAAGACCUGGACUCCCUGUUGUCAUGCCACGAAGGGUUUCUUCUUGGGCCUUGGUUAGAGGAUGCAAAGCAGCUUGCAAUGGACGAAGAACAAGCGAAACAAUUUGAAUGGAAUGCAAGGACUCAAAUAACUAUGUGGUAUGACAACACCGACUACGAAGCAAGCCUUCUUCGCGACUAUGGGAACAAGUACUGGAGUGGGCUCCUGCGAGACUACUACGGGCCACGAGCAGCUAUUUAUUUCAAGUACUUGUUAGAGAGCUUGGAGAACGAGCACAGCUUCCGGUUGAAGGACUGGAGGAGGGAGUGGAUAAAGCUGACGAAUGAGUGGCAGAAUAGCCGGGGUAAGUUCCCCGUCGGAAGUAAUGGGGAUGCUGUCUACUUGUCGCGGCGGCUAUACGAGAAGUACCUGAAGAAUCACUCCGGCGGUGUGGCACUGUGAGCACUCUUGAGUUAGUUUUGUUCCUGAAUGGCGUAUAAUUUCCAGAUACUGGUGGUAUUGAACAUGAUACAAGAAUGGUCAUGUCUUGGCUGAGAGAAAGCUAUGCCCUACUUCUUUGUUCCUAAACCAACCUUGAUUCAUAGCUACGAAGUGUUUGUGGACUGUGGUUAAGCUGCGGUAGGCUUCCCAUACUCUUAUCAAGGACCAAUCCACCAUGUCAAGCCAAGCGACUCUCUUAAGGUGCUCACGACGUUCCACUAGAGUAGCAAAUAAAUUGGGUUCAUAGAUUGGUGGAUUGUAUUUACAGUUAUGAAGUUAGUCUAGAGUCCCUCAAAAAUUCUGAAAGUUACAUAUAAACUUGAUAUGAUCUUUGAAAAUUACGUUCAUCUGAAAGAAUUUUUUACUACAUUACUUCGUGU